UUUGCGCAUAGCCGAGGAAAAAGGAAUAGCUACAAAAACAAAGUUUUCAAAGGCAGAAAUAAAUAGUUAAAUGAGUCCUUUCGCCGAGUCAACUAAAAUUCGAGAAUGAGUGGAGGAUUCACCAUUGGAAGGAUCUGGAGUCGAAGUCAGUGUGGUCUAAGGAUUCGCCUGCUAGCCAUGUAGAUGCAGUGUAGAUACCCGGGAGCAGAUAUAGAUACAGAUACACACACCGUCAGAAGAUUUUAGAGCACUUCCUGUCAUCCGCCAUGAAGGUGUUCCGGUUGCGUUUGGUGAAGGUCCUCCUGCUAGGAUUUCUGCUAGCCAAUCUGGUCUUCUUCUAUUACACCUGGAAUACGCUGCUCUGGCGCCGGAUUAGUAGAGCUCUCUCCGGCGACUCACUGGCGGUGGAGGAGGCGCCAAAGGCAGCCAAGCUAUCGCCCAAAGAUAAGGUGCGCAAUGCCAACAAACACAUCCGGAAGUCCAUUACCAUCGUGUUCUACGGCCACUACAACUUUGAGCAAGAUCUGAGGGCUAGCAUAGAUAGCAUAUUGGACGUGAUACCCAACAUGCCUAUCUUGGUACUCCAAGACGGCGGUGCUGAGUAUGCCUACCCGCCGGUGAACUACGAGCGGAAUCUAACCGCGGGAGAGGAGAGAACCGUGGUGUUCCAGAGCCUGGCCUUCGAUGUGCGGCACACGCGGCAGGAACUCAAUCCCCUGGCCUCGAUCCGGACCAAGUACGUCCUUAUUAUGCCGGACAGUGUACGACUGAGUAGCAAGAAUAUCCUGCAGAAGAUCUUGCGCGAGAUUAACUCAUUGGGCCUGCCGGGACAGCCUAAGGAGCAGCGUCCUCCUGUUCCGCCGGAGGAGACGGUGCGCCGUAUGGUACUCAUACCCUUUGCCGGUAACCUCAAGUCCUUCAGCAGCUGCGUCAGGAUGACCCUGGAUUUGCCGGACUGGACGCUGGAGUUGGCAGCCACCAAUGACACAAGAAGAUGUGAUUUGUUCCUGCAGAAACAUGCGAUCCUUCUUGAUGCAGGUGCUUUGGGAGCCAUGCCAGAGCCUUUUACCCUGCCCUUCCCGGAAAUGCUCUAUAUGCAGGCUAAGGUCGCCAAUCUGUCGACCACGGUGUUUCCGCAAGCAUUCCAGGAGGGUCGUCGCUUGUUCGCAUCCUUUCAUACCAAACAGCGGAGGAUGGAUCUACGCCGUCGUCAAUUCCGGGAGAUGUACAAGAAGCUACAAAUCAAGCGGAUCGUUAGGCGGGCCUAUAGGGUUCCCGGAAAGGCCCAGGCCAGGGAGGUGUGGGGUCAGGGGCACGGAUUGGUCCUUGAUGGCCAGUUCUCGUCCUCGAACACCUCGCUGCCCCUGAUUACAGACAUUGAUUUGUUCGGCUGUGAACGGACAACCAAGUCCUGCAUCGGUAGUGUAUACAAUGAGAGGCCCUAUUACUCUUACCUGGGCAAGCAUACCCCACCCUGCUGCCUGGACAAGCUGAGAACCACCUUCAACCAUGUGCUGGAGGAGUUCGAAAACGUGGGCAUUCGCUACUGGCUGGACAAUCGGGCCCUGCAGAGCGCCAUCGAAACGAAUCACCUUUCUCCGGAUGCCUAUGAUAUCGAUAUUAGCUUCAAUGUCCAGGAUCUGGAGCGAUCCAAUGCAAUGAAAAAAUCGCAGAAUAAGCCUUACGUGGAUAACGAGGGAUUCUACUGGAUCAAGGCCACCGACGGCCACUACUUCCGCGUCCAAUUUUCAAAGCCCAACCAAGUAGGCGUCAAUCUGUUGCCCUAUUCAAUUACCGGAACAGAGGCAAAGCCCAGUGGAUUCUUUGGAUGGAAAGCCACAACCUUCUCUGCGGACUACCUGCAUCCCAUGUCGACGGUGCUCUUUCUGGGCAAGAGUGUUAUGUGCCCAAACAAUGUGCUGGAGUACCUUGAGGAGAAGCACAUUAAGGUCAAGUCCGCUGACUUGGAUGCGGACGAGGAUUGAGCCAAUGUAGUCAAAGUGUCAGUUUUAAAAACACAAACUUUCAUGGCCUUCAUGAAAAAAGUGUCUGUGAAAACGAUAUUUUAAGUUUCGGUUCCUGACAAUGUUUUAAUCUGCUGAAUACUGAUUUUACUGAUCAAGAUCAGUGACUAAUACAAUCGUGAUUAAUAAGGAAUAACAUUCCAAGAAAAAGCCAAUUGGAAUAAGUAAUUUUUUGUCUGCCAGUUCAGUUCUCGAACUGAGCAAUUCGCAGGUAAUUUUAUUGGAAUGAAAUAAGCAUUAAAAGUACAAUAUUUUAUAUGCUCUUAAGACUCUUAAGAUAUUUCAGUCCUCAAACACUUUUGUUAAACACCAGAUGGAUUUGACUACAGUUUAAAUGUUUAUUUUGUUUUUAAGCAUAUAUACAAUUUUGUGAUUUUUUAAGUUCCUUUUGUUGGUUGACUUCAACCGAACCUCGAUAGCAAAUUUAUGUUAGAUUGAUAGGAAGAUAAAACAACAAAAGACGGAUGAAUCAAGAUUCUUUUAGAACCAGCAGAUCUAUAUGUGUAAAAUAUAAUACAUAAAGUCAGA